CAGUCGAGACAGCUGAGACUACGAACGCUCUUGUUUUGACAUUACACUUGAGACUCUUGUUAGAACUGUUACUCCCGCCCAGUUUCCUACAUAGGGAAAAUGUGAAACGUUUUCUUAACUAGGAACAGCUAAGUUGAAUACGAUUGUAGUUAUUCAUAGCAGUACUGCUUAUAUUUUUUCAAAAUUUCGAAACUGAGUUCCGGACAUCAAAUGAUGAAGUUUAAGUCGCUUUUCCGUCGAAAAGCAUCACCCACGGGCAACAACGAAGCUAACUCGGCCAUCAGCCCAUCAGCAUCAUCCAUAUCACAUUCGUCUUCAUCAUCGUCGCUUGCUGCCCGUUCAGCGAGUCCUCCUGUUCAAUCCAAUGGCCAUGGGGCUGAAUUGGUUGAGGCUACCAUGUCUCUUGGAAGCCCUCCUAUUACAAUUACAUCUAGGAUUAGAUCUUCCACUGACCCCAAUCUCAUUUCUCCAAGAACAGAAGCUCUACCACCUCUUCCAGGGCCCUCAGCCUCCGACUGCUUAAUGUUUGUAGAGCACCAGGAUGAAACGCCAAACCAUUCCAACUAUCCACUCAUUCAUGCCAUCAAUCGCGAUGUUAUCCGAAAUAUUGCAAGAACUGAUGUCAAAGAAGAUGCUGAUUAUGCUGUAAUGGCUAUGAGAGACCUGAUGGAGAAUGGAGCUGUUGGAUGGGAACGUCAGUCCCGACAGAGCAGUGGAAGUGAAGUUUCUGGAGUUAGUCUAACAUGCCUCCAGGGACGCAUUCAGCAAAUGGAAGAAACUCACCACAGUACCAAUGAAGAGUUACAGGCCACCCUUCAGGAACUCGCAGAUCUUCAAGUCCAGCUCAAUGAAUUCCAGGCUGAAAAUGAUAAGCUCAAAGAAGAAAAACAAACCCUGAAAAGAAAGUUAGACAUCAGAACUGAACAGUUCAAGCAAGCUAGAGAUCAGAUGGAAUCGCUGAAGCAGCAUUUGCUUUUGCAAUGCAAUGAAGCCGAGGAUGAACGGAAAGCCCUUCAAGCCAAACAGAUGGAGUUGACCAAAAUGUUGGCAGCACAGCAAGCUGAAGCAACAGAACGUGAACAACAUGUCACAUGGCUGGCAUCUCGGGUUCGACAUCUAGAAGCUUGCAUUGAUGAAGGUGAUUCCAAACUCCAUUCGGAACUAAGCAAGUUGAUGAAAGAGAAUGAAAAAUUAAGACAAGAUAAGGAGUCAACUGAAGGCACAGCUAUUACGGCCCAGGACCAACUCGCUGCUGCCCAACGUGACAAUACCGUUCUAAGAGACCAGAUAUCUGCUUUGCAAGAAGAAAACCGAACAAUUCGACAGAAAUCGAAAGAAGAGAUAGCAGAUCUGGAGUAUGAAGUGGAACAGCUGCUAGCUAAAAAACAAAGUCUGGUCGUUGAGACAUCGACGCUGCAUGCUGCGGUUGCAGAGUUAGAAUCAGCAUGUCGUCGUCACCUGGAAGACAAACGCGAAAUGCGCACAACCGCUGCCGAUCAACAGGUGAAGUUGGCAGAUGCCUUGGCUCGACGUGAUGAACUCGAAAGGCUGUCGUCCGAUGAACGUGCAAAAUGGGAAGCACAACAAGAAGAGUGGCAACAAUUUCAAAAAGAUUUGCUAACAACAGUGCGAGUGGCGAAUGAUUUCAAACUAGAAACGCUUUCUAAAAUGGAGAAGGUCAUGGAGGAGAAUAGGAUGCUUCAUGAAAAGCUUGUAGCAGUUUCCCGGUCAGAAAAAUUUGGCUCUCCUGAAACACGAGCGGCCGCUCCAGUCAAGCCUCGCGUCUUACGCUCGCUAUCCACCCUUGAUUCGAGCUCGACGACAUUAUCCAGCAAUCUGUUAAAUGACAUCAAACCACGCGCCGUGGCCACACGCGUCGAUAAAGGUUCAGUCAAGCGCAUUGUCGAGAAUUUAGAGGUAACUGCCUCAAACGUUCGGACUAAACCCACCGGCGAAUCAACAGAGCCAGCUUCUCCAUCAUUGGCGACUUCACCGUCGCCUCCUGUAGCUACUGUGCGGCCCCGAUCCGAGCCGAUCCGACCAACUCAGUUACAUCGUACUGAAAGUGAGGUCUUUCUCCGCUCUCCAGCUAGGCCCGCGGAGACGCGCUCCUCAUUAAACGACGUACCAAUCUACAAUACGACAAGCAGCAACUCAAUCAAAACGGCUUCACCACCUCCAACAGGUUUACGAUCCAGCGUGCUCUCAGCCUCAGAUAUACAGCCUUCCGAAUCUUCCACAGCUGGAUCGUUCUCCAAUCAACCGUCAGAUCGCAAAGAUCCUCUAGCAGGCUUGGUUAAGAAUGGUGGUUCAAAGCGAAACGCCCUUCUGAAAUGGUGCCAAACAAGAACCGCUGACUAUCCCAACAUUGACAUCACCAAUUUUAGCAGUUCAUGGAACGAUGGUUUGGCUCUAUGUGCCUUAUUACACACCUACUUGCCAGAACAGGUGCCAUUUGAAUCUCUUACUUCUUCAGACGUCCGGCACAACUUCCAGGUGGCCUUCCAAGCUUCAGAAUCCGUGGGCAUCCCAACCUCGCUUGACAUUGAAGAGCUGGCCUCUUCCGAUAGGCCCGACUGGCAAUCCAUCAUGACGUAUAUCACUGCUAUUUACAAGCAUUUCGAAAUAUAAUGGAUGCAGCAUGCCACAAACAAAACAUAUAGAGGAUGUUUCCAACACCCAAGUUGAUAGUGACUUGACUUUCUGGCAAUUUUUUCAUUCAAGUUUGAAACAAUUUCCACCCAUAGUAAAUAAGAUGGUAAAUUUUUUUUUUUUAUACCAUGUAUUCCCUUUCUUCCUUUACGAUGGUGGUUUGUCGAAAAAAAUACCAAACAGAUUUGUCGUACUAGAAUAGGCGACCAAAAAGUGUCCAUUCCACUAAUCCCAUUCCAGCAGUACUGACCUUCAUUGACAGUCCAUUUGCUGUUCCACAGUAAUCUUUCUUCAUCUUAACCUGUUCUUUGGGACCAUUGAUUUUUUUUCUAUUUGUAGUUUGUAUUGCUAUGAUUUGUAUUUUGUCUAAGCUCACGUCUCCCCUCUUUUAACAGGAAAAAAAUGCAAUUGAGGAACACCAGUGUCUGUGAAGGUAUAAUGUGUGCAACUGUGUAAUAUUGACGGCCUUCAAUCUGAAUCUAUAUUCGUACAAUAAAAACUUGGCUUUGGGAUGUA